CAAAAUUUCAAACUUCCGGUUAUAAUAAAUAUGUCAAAUAUUUUAUUUAUUACGUUUUUAGAUAUGGGUUAUCGAAGAACUUCAUAGUGCUGGAAUUUUACUUCCGCAUUGAUAGUUUUGUUUGUUUACAUUUGAAUUUUGACAGCUGAGCAGAUAAUCGUCUUAUCUCAUCAUGGACAAGAAAACUAUUUUGAUUGAUAGUUUUGAUGGAUACAUAAUUGAUAAUGUUGAUGAUUUAAUUGACAGCACUAAUGACGUAUUGCUGAUUAAAAAUUCCAAAUACACUGACAACAACACAGAACAAAAUUCCAGAUUAACUGUUAUUAAAGACUCAUCCAGAUUAGGGGCAUUCUACCAAGUUAAAAUACGGAUGGAUUCAAACAUGUAUUCGGAUAUUACAAUACGUUGUUCUGAAGAAAAAGCAAAUGUAUGGUUUACGAUUUGCAAGGAGAUACUGACAACAGCAUACAAAUGGGAAAUAAAAACAGGAGAUGAAUAUGCACCAAUCUACGACGAAAGCUAUUAUACCGAAAUUCAGGCGUUCUUAUCCUCUUAUCAAACAAAAGAUGAAGUAGAGAUUUUGAAGUCAAAUAUCAUAAGCGACAAAUUUAUCCAUGGCUUCUCAACAAGGAAAGGUGGGCUUUCAACGGCAAAAGGAGUUUUAUCUUUGAAUAUGACAGCGGCUAACAUUAAACGUGAUUCGGAAAUGAUCGGUAGAGAAAAUAUACGCCGACUUGGUACGAAAGCAGGAUUCAAUCCAACAAGCUUCCUUCGUGCCCGUGCAGUCCAUGGUAAUACAGUAUAUGUUGUUGGUCAAGAAGAACCUAAAGAUGGGUAUGACUGUAUUAUAUCAAAUCAGAAAGACAUUACAGUUGCUGCACCAGGAGCCGACUGUGUAACUAUGAUAUUUGCUGACCACGCAACUCCAGCGUUUGGAGCAUGUCAUUCUGGUUGGAAAGGGACACUGGCAAAAGCUUGUGUCGAAACAGUAAAAAAAAUGCAAGAUGAAUAUGGUUCAAAAUUGGAGAACAUACGAGUAGCACUUGGACCUAGUAUUGGUCCAUGUUGUUUAGAAUUUGCAGAAGAGGAUGCAGCUUUGUUCAAAGGAAUAAACGAAAACAGCAUUAUACGAAAAGAAGGUAAAGCCAAGCCGUUUAUAGACUUGCAACUUGUGAACCGGACACUUCUAGAAACUCAUGGUAUAGCACCAUCUCAUAUAGAUGAUAAAAGUGCAACAUUAUGUACAUCGUGCCAUCCGGAGUUAUUGUUCUCUUAUAGAAGAGAUGGCAUUCCUUUUGGAAAUCAAGUUGGAUUUAUUGGACUUAAGUGAACUAAAAGAUGUUCAAAACGAACAAUUGAAAGAUGUAAUAAUAUAAUAGUAUACAAAGUUUCAUUAAAAUACAUAUUCGGUUUCA